CUGAGAAUGAUUCAUAACAACGAAGAGAGAAUCGUCUCCAAUCUUCCUCUCUGGCAGCGUUCAUUCUAGGAGAAGCUGUCGCCGUGCGUCUCAGCGCAAUCUAGUUAUGGAAGCCCGCUCAAUAUCUGUUCCCGAGAGCGGGAGGGCAGCGGUGACGGACAGCUUGAAGAGAAUUUUGCCUUGCUUGCUUUCUGAACCUCCGCUUCUUCCUCUCGGCUACAAGGGACGGGAUGUAGCGCUCAGGCACACUUUCCUAAACGCAGAUGUUAAUGAUCGCGAAGACUACCUACUUGGGGGCCGACAACCAUGCGGCGCCACUUCUCCUCUCCAAGAGAUAGACCGCCUCAAAAGUGUUCUAGAGUUCAAUCCUAGUCUUGAAGUGGAUGAUUUCAUCAAGAACGUAAAGUUCCGAGUAGGGCAAUACGGGCUUGAGGUCGCAGUCGAGCUUGGAGCCCCAGAAAAUGUCCAAGCGAUGGUCAUCGUAAUUCUCGAGCAAACUUCCGCAGAAUAUCUUUCGCUCCCGCUUGGUAUUCAAGCGGGCGCUGCCCAAGAGCAGGAGGAAUCGGUCAGCUUGCGAUACGCCGCCUUAGCACUCCCUGGUCACCUCCAAGGACCAUGGUUCGCAUCGCCUGAACGAGCCCUUGCUGCAGGUGACCAAGGCUCGGUCCGCUCCGCAGGCAAAGGCGAUGAUGAAGCCGAAGGGGAAGCAUCAACACGCAUGGACAUUAUUACAUCUGCGGAGGAUUUCUGGGCAGGUGUGAGUAGCGACGACGACUCGCCGGAAACACAACAGAGUCUGUCUGCGCUGAAUGGCGCCGCAGGUGUGGCACAACGACGCCAGCGGAAACGCGAGGAAGACGAGGAUUAUUGGUCGAGAUAUGACUCAGUCGAUACAGCCGUAGGCAACCCUUCAGAUCCAGCAGCGCAUCCGCUGCCUGCGCCACCGGAAACGGAGCUCGAUGCUUCGCUUCUCAUGAGCCUUAAGGGGGCCUGGAAAUUGUUUCAACGCAGUGCACGAGCCCAAGUGUCAGAUGUUGUUCUGCGAGAGCGCUUUAUGGCACUCGCCCAUCGUGCGGCCUCGGCAGAGUAGCGCCGGCUGUUGCUGGAAUAUGCAUUAUGCCCCUUUCCAAAAUACAUCACUACUGUCGCUUUCGGUCCUUUGGAACUUGAUUUUGGCGCUGUUUGCGCUGCUUGAGCCGGCCCUUGAGCUCUUUCAAAAGCG